ACUCUCUCUCUCUCUCUCUCUCUCUCUCUCUCCAUAUGAUGGAAAUGCAUAGUUUUAAGAGCCUUGCUUUGAUAAUUCUUAUUACGUUGUUUCUUUGGUCUGCAAGCUUUGAAACAUGCAGUGGUAGAGAAAUGAAACAGAGAGAUACGCCAGACUCAGAGUUUUUCUGGAAUAAGAAAGAAAAUGAGUUUGGUGGAAAUGACUUCCAUGAAAGCAGAAAACCAAAGUUUAUGUAUGAUAAUUUCCAACCAUACAAAAGUGUGAAGAACGCUGCCACUUUUAAUGUAUUAAACUUUGGAGCUAAAGGUGAUGGCCACACUGAUGACACAAAGGCAUUCGAAGCAGCUUGGGAAGCGGCUUGUAAAGUUGAAGCUUCAACAAUGGUGGUUCCAAAUGGUUUUGUAUUCCUCGUCGGACCUGUUUCCUUUUCAGGCCCUGAUUGUGAACCAAAUAUUAUAUUUCAGCUGGAUGGGAAGAUCAUAGCUCCAACAAGCUCUCAAGCUUGGGGUUCAGGCCUUUUACAGUGGCUAGAAUUCACCAAGCUUAAAGGCAUUACCGUAAAAGGUAAAGGUGUCAUUGACGGACAAGGCUCAGUCUGGUGGGCCGACUCGCCCAAACACCAUCCAACAGAUGAUUCAAUGAGCUAUGAAGAUGCAAAGAUGCCCAGCACCAAGCCAACGGCACUAAGGUUCUAUGGAAGUGACGGCGUGACAGUCACAGGCAUAACCAUUCAAAACAGCCCUCAAACCCACCUCAAAUUUGAUGCCUGCACAAAUGUUCAGGUUUCCAGUUUCACAACUUCAUCUCCAGGUGACAGCCCCCACACAGAUGGAAUCCACCUGCAGAACUCCCAAAAUGUGCUCAUUUAUAGCAGCACUCUUGCUUGUGGAGAUGAUUGUGUAUCUAUACAAACUGGAUGUUCAAACGUAUACAUUCACAACGUGAACUGUGGACCUGGACAUGGAAUUAGCAUUGGGGGGCUAGGAAAGGACAGCACCAAAGCAUGUGUUUCAAACAUAACUGUUCGAGAUGUCGUAAUGCAGAAUACAUUAACCGGUGUCAGAAUAAAGACAUGGCAGGGAGGCUCAGGCUCCGUGCAACAAUUAAUGUUCUCAAACAUUCAAGUCUCAGAUGUCGAAACUCCAAUCAUGAUUGAUCAAUACUACUGUGACAAGAGCAAAUGCCAGAAUGAAAGUUCAGCCGUGUCUGUAUCAGGUAUAAACUACAUAAAUAUCCGAGGAACCUAUACACAAAAACCUGUGUACUUUGCUUGCAGUGACAGCUUGCCAUGCACUGGUAUAUCUCUAACUACCAUAGCACUAAAACCAUCUGAAGAGUACCAGCAACCAUUGUGUUGGGAAACAUAUGGAGAACUGAAAACAAGCACUGUACCUCCAAUUACCUGUUUGCAAACUGGCAAACCCUCAAAAUCCAGUGUUCCUUACAACAGUGACUCUUGCUAGAAUCAGACUAGCUUUACUGUGGUGUAGGGAAGAUUUCGUGCUCUGCCUCUGUUCAUAGCAGUAGCGCAUGUUAGUGUCAAAUAUGAUGCCACUGUCAAAUCAUAGUAGUGCACAGGAACUUUUAUUAGGGAUACAGCAGUUCCUAAAGCAGCAGAUUACACAAUAUUGUAAUAUUCUAAAUGCAUAAUACAAAAGGUGUUGUAUGUUCUUUUAAUGGAAAGUAUAUAAAUUAAGUUAGCUGAAUCUGUUAUCACACAAAAUGAUACAGGACAACCUAGAGAUGUUAAGGAUUUAAAAUUAGUUUCCUAUUUCCUUAAGAUUUUUAUGUUGAUUUUAUUUCCUAGCCAGUCUUUUUUCAUUUUCUAUAAAAA